AUGGCUACAAACAUUACUUGGCACGAUGGCAGCGUUUCUUUGCAAGAACGUCAAGGUCUUUUGAAGCAAAAGGGUUUCACUCUUUGGUUUACUGGUCUCUCUGCCUCUGGUAAAUCUACCUUGGCUACUGCUUUGGAACAAACUUUGCUUCAUUCUGGUAUCAAUGCCUACCGUUUGGAUGGCGAUAACAUUCGUUUUGGUUUGAAUAAGAAUCUGGGCUUCGGCCCUGAGGAUCGUACUGAAAACAUCCGUCGUAUUUCAGAGGUUGCCAAGCUGUUUGCUGAUGCAACUGUUGUUGCCAUCACUGCUUUCAUCAGUCCCUACAGAGCCGACCGUGAUUCCGCUAGAGCUCUUCAUCAAGCCGCUGGUAUUCCCUUUAUCGAAGUUUUUGCCGAUGCUCCUCUUGACGUUGUUGAGCAACGUGACCCCAAGGGUCUCUACAAGAAGGCCAAGGCUGGUGAGAUCAAGGAGUUCACUGGUAUCUCUGCUCCUUAUGAAGCUCCCGAGAAUGCCGAAAUCCAUAUCAAGACUCAUGAGGUCUCUGUUGAACAAGGUGUCCAAGACAUCUUGGCCUAUCUUGUCAAGAACAACCUCAUUGACGAUAGCAAGCUUGUCAAGAACAACUAA